GGAUCAGAUGGUUCUCAGCGCCAUUUUAUUGUUCAGACAUCUUUAACACCAAAUGCUAGAAGUGAUGAACGGAUCUUACAGCUUUUCCGUGUGAUGAAUCGGAUGUUUGACAAGCACAAGGAAUCACGACGGCGGCACAUCUGCAUUCACACUCCUAUUAUUAUACCCGUGUGGUCUCAGGUUCGCAUGGUAGAGGAUGAUCUGAUGUACAGCACUUUCCUUGAGGUUUAUGAGAACCAUUGUGCUAGAAAUGACCGAGAAGCGGACUUACCGAUCACAUUUUUCAAGGAGCAACUCAACCAAGCAAUAUCUGGCCAGAUUUCACCAGAUGCUGUUGUUGAUCUCCGUCUUCAAGCAUAUAAUGAGAUAACAAAAAGUUUUGUCACGGACAGCAUCUUCUCACAGUAUAUGUACAAAACUCUAUUGAGUGGCAAUCACAUGUGGGCUUUCAAAAAGCAGUUUGCUAUCCAGUUGGCUCUUUCUAGUUUUAUGUCUUUUAUGCUACAAAUUGGUGGAAGGUCUCCAAACAAGAUAUUAUUUGCUAAAAACACUGGAAAAAUCUUUCAGACUGAUUUCCAUCCUGCAUAUGAUUCAAAUGGAAUGAUUGAAUUUAAUGAACCGGUGCCCUUCCGCUUGACUAGAAAUUUGCAAGCAUUUUUCUCUCAUUUUGGAGUAGAAGGUUUAGUUGUUUCUGCCAUGUGUGCAGCUGCGCAGGCUGUGGUCUCCCCUAAGCAAAGCCAGCACUUAUGGUAUCAUCUGGCUAUGUUUUUUCGAGAUGAGCUGUUAUCUUGGUCUUGGAGAAGACCUCUUGGGAUGCCUCUGGCCCCUGUUGUAGGAGCAGGUAGUCUGAACCCCGUGGACUUCAAACAAAAAGUCACUACAAAUGUUGAGAAUGUCAUUGGACGGAUCAAUGGAAUAGCCCCACAGUACAUCUCUGAAGAGGAGGAGAAUGGCAUGGAUCCGCCACAAUCUCUGCAGAGGGGUGUAGCGGAGUUAGUUGAAGCUGCCCUUACUCCAAGGAACUUGUGCAUGAUGGAUCCAACAUGGCACCCUUGGUUCUGAUUUUUUUUAAAAAAAAAAUCUAAUACGAAGUUUUAGGUGUCUAGUAGUAAUCUAACAUUAAGUACAGACUGUAUAUAGUCUCUUAUUUACCUUUAGGGGAUGCAAGCAAAGAUAAUGCUGUAAAUAUUAUUGCCGUGUAUAUAAAUGAUAUCUUUUUCAGCUAGGCACUUAUUAUUUAGAGGAAAAUUUCCUUAGUCAGCAACAGCGGAAUUAGUUAAGCUCAUAAUGCAGCGAAUGUAUCAUCCUUCUGAGCUACUUCUGAUACUAUUAAAGAAGUUUUAUUAUUGCAACAGCUUGUAAA